AUGGGUUGGUGUCAUGAUUUCAAUACUACAUACUAUAUUGGUAUAGACUUUGCUGUCCUCCAGUCAUACGACAUGCAAGUCCCAUUUUGCGUCAAUGAUGCGUCGUCUUGGCAAACCCAUAACAUUCAACCACGCCUCUUACAAAUAGUUCAAAUGCAAAAAGCCAAUUUGCCCAAUGAAAUAUCCCAGUUUGCGUCUAUGAUCAAGGAUGGCCAUUUUUUCCGUCCCCGCGAGGCCCCGCACUUCCAAACCCCCUCGAUGAGGAUAUCCAUCCUUGUUACGGAGGGGAAUGGUAGGGAAAUAUUGGGGCGGAGCAUUUCAAGGUCCCCGCCCCCAUCCCGAUCCCGCCCUUCAAAUGCAAAAGGCCAACUCUAUACUGGCCCAGAAUCAAUGUCUAGGGAUUCAGGAGAUUCUGCACUGAAAAUAGAAAAUGACUUCCACAAGAACACCUUAGCAAAAGCUGCUCAAAGGCGAGUAAUAAACAAACUAUGA